AAAAAACAAGAAAAAAAAUUUUUUUUGCGAAUUUUGUGCGAUAGUUUUAGCCUUUUUCCACUUGAAACUGAAUCGGCUGAACAAUGGCUGCCACUCGAGAGAAGCGUUCCACCGCGGGAAAUCGCAUGUCAAAAAUGAUCGCUGAAGAGGAGGACGAUGACGACUUCUAUAAGACUACUUACGGAGGAUUCAAUGAGGAAGCCAGUGAUCACAGUUACGACAGUAACGCGUCGGAUUCCGAUGAUGUCAUCGAUUCGGAUUUCGAUAUUGACGAGGAUGAUGAACUACGCAGUGAUCUCGAAGAUGAUGAUGGACCAAAGUCGAAGAAAAGGAAAGUUGGAGUGGUCACAAAGUCUUAUAAGGAGCCGAAGAAGAAGACCGACGAUGAAAAGGCCAAAGACAAAGAAAAGGCCAAGAAACGUGCCGAGGAGAAAAAACAGCAGAAGGCGGUACAGAUGUCAGCCCAGAUCUACCACUCAGAAAAGAAGUCCCUGCGACGUUCCACGGCUAAGAAAUCGGAGGCUGCGGAGAUCCGUAAAAAGGCGCGGGACGAACGAACGAAAAUGAUGAAAGAGAUUGCGGCCAAGAAAAACGUGCCGGAGGUUCGACGAUUGACACAGGAGGAACUGUUGGAGGAAUCGAAGAUCACUGAGAGAGAGAAUGCACAGUCUCUUGAGGAUUAUCGUAAGAUGGAACUAGAAAGGAAGAAAAGUCGUGUGUCGCAGAAAAAAUAUGUUGGCCCGAUCGUCCGGUAUCAUUCGUGUACGAUGCCCCUCAUAGACGAACUGCCCUCGCCGGAGAUAAACGUUGAUAGUGAAUUCGAUUUCGAAAGAGUCACCAGGACGUCCAUCAGACCCAAGGAUAAAUGUUCGCGGACAUUCAUCACAUUCACGGACGACAAAACAUUCGACGAGACAUUCCUACAACGCAAGAACAAGGUCCCAGUAAGACAGUACUGUCCUGUGACGCGAUUACCUGCCAAAUAUUUCGACCCGGUCACUCAGACACCUUACGCAUCAGCGCAAGCAUUUCGGUGCAUUCGUGAUGCGUACAAUCAACACAUUCAGCUUCAGUUAGAGAAACGGAAAAGAGAAAUGGCCAGCUGAAGAUAUCAUACAUAUACUACAAACAGAUCAGAAAUGGACUGAGAAUAUUUUUCAUUAUGAUUUUUGAUUUUCUGGGUUGAGAGGUAAAGAGUUCAUCUCAAGAGUCUCAUAUCAUAUCAUUACCGGCGUCGUAACCCUAUUGGAUUUUUGCCGGAGGUAUGGAGUCCACUAUAGGCUACUGUCCACCCAUGUGGGAUCUUUUACUUGUCCUGUCAUAGACACUCAGGGACAAGGGACCACAGCUUUUAGUCUCAUCUGACAGACCCUCGAGUAUUUCAUACAUUUUGGUUACAAAAGAUGGCCUGCAUAAUAGAGCGGGUGUUCACUACGAACUCAGAAUUUUGAGUUUGUGAAGUAGUUACCAACGUACAUGUAGUAAAGAGUUGAAAUAUC